GCUACUUGCGCCUUGCUCGGAUCAUCUUAAUUUGUUGCUGGUUGCAACAUCUUCAUUGUGACGUCAGCUUUUAUUUUCCAGAAGAUAAUUGGCUAGAUAUAAUUUUCUAACCGCAAUCGAAAUGGUACUUGAAGCUAUUCAGUAUGAAAACGGACAUUUAAUGAUUUUGGACCAACUUCUUUUACCAAAUGAAACUAUUUAUCAAUCGAUCAAUUCAAUUCAAGAAGGUUGGGAAGCAAUAAAAUUAAUGAAGGUUCGAGGAGCUCCAGCUAUUUCCAUAGUUGCCGCGCUGAGUUUAGCUGUUGAACUCAAUAAAAAGACUUUCCUCUCUAAAGAUGAAUUACAUAAUUAUGUGAAAGAAAGUUUACAAUACCUGGCAACAUCACGCCCAACUGCAGUCAAUCUUUGUCAAGUUGUGAAGUUGAUUACUGAAUUAUCAGCCGAAUAUUUCAGAAAUGGUUCUUAUACAAGUGAAGAAAUGAAGAAUAAAUUGAUGCAAGAAAUGGAAAAGCUUUUAGAUAGUGAUAUCAGAAUUAACAAAUUAAUCGGUAAAAAUGGAGGAAAACAUAUUUUGGAACACUGCAAGACUGACUCCAUCUCAAUUUUGACGCAUUGCAAUACUGGGAGUUUAGCGACAGCUGGAUAUGGCACUGCACUAGGAGUGAUUCGAUGGCUUUUUGAAGAUGAAAAGCUCAGUCAAGCGUACUGCACAGAAACACGUCCCUAUAACCAAGGAGCCAGAUUAACUGCUUAUGAAUUAGUGCAUGAUAAAAUCCCAGCAACUUUAAUUUGUGAUAGUAUGGUAGCUUCAUUGAUGAAAUCUAGGAAGAUAUCCGCAGUAGUGGUCGGUGCAGACAGAGUUGCUGCCAAUGGUGAUACUGCUAAUAAAAUUGGUACAUAUCAGAUAGCAGUCAAUGCCAAAUAUCACGGAAUUCCAUUUUAUGUGGCAUCGCCUAAAAGUUCCUUUGAUUUUUCCUUGAGCUCGGGAGAUUUGAUACCAAUUGAAGAAAGACCAUCUAAUGAAAUGAUGUCCAUCAAUUCAAUUCCCAUUGCAGCAAAAGGAAUUAAUUGCUGGAAUCCAGCUUUUGAUGUUACUCCUGCUGAAUUAAUCACAGGUGGCAUAAUCACAGAAAUAGGUGUAUUUUCACCAAGUGAACUAAACAACCACAUUGAAGAGCUCAUGUCUAUUGAGCUUUUGAAAUGACUUUCUAAAUAAAAUAGAGGAAGAAAAGCAAGAACAAAAUACAGUGUGUGAUGAAGGUAUAUAUAUAGAGAGAGAGAGCUUGAUAUAUUUUCCUAAACAUAUUUUUCAUUACAAUAAAUUUAAAAAUUUUACAAAAUAAA